CCGCUCAAUAUUACAUAUUAACGUUGGCCAUUGGCGGGUAUGACAGAGCAGCGGCAUUGAGGCGCUGUGUAAAUCUCCGGCUUGUCCGCCCUGUGGGAUGGUCAGUACCCGCCCCUCUGCUGUGUGUACGGUUGUCUGGGAGUCCCGCUGGCCAACCGGUGCUUAGUGCCGGUGCAGGGACGCUCGCCCACUCUGGGUUAAAUGUACAUUCAGUCAGGCUGAUAACAGAGGCACAGGAGACUGCGGUGUGAACCUGCACGACACAGAUAGGGAGUCCUGACUGUACUUGGAAACCAUGGCAGGUACAAAACAAGACGGCAAUUCGGGCUUCGUCAUCCUGAUAGCUCACAUCAAUAUGGUCCUAUAUUCCACUUGCUUCUGGAUCCAGACUGGAGUCAUGCCUUAUUUGUCGAAGAGGCUGGGGAUGGAUGCAAUCAUGUUUGGUAACCUUCAGACAACGUUUGCUGUUAUCCAGCUCCUGGGAGGACCCCUAUUUGGCAGGUUUGGUGAUUUAUUUGGGGGGCGUGCUGCCCUGUCGCUGGCAUACCUCUCCUCAGGGUUUGCCUACCUUCUGAUGGGCCUUUCAACAAGUGUGCCACUACUUUUCCUUUCCAGACUGCCCACAGUCUUCAUGCAUGGGAUGCAAGCUGCUCAGAUGAUUGUGACUGAUCUGUCUUCAGAGUCAGAACGGGCAGGUGCCCUGGGGAAACUUGGUCUCUCAUAUGGUGUAGGGAUGAUUGUUGGCUCUACAACUGGUGGUUUGCUGAUCUCUAAUUAUGGGGAGCCAUUUGCAGCCUAUACUGCAGCAGCUGGAUGUGUCCUUAACACCAUUGUAGUAAUGAAAUACAUCCCAGCUAAUACCAAACCUGUGAUCGUGACAAAGGAAAAUAAGUCAGAAACUGCUCACAGUAAGAGCAUCUUCAGUGUGAAAGAAAUCUUAAGACUAUUAAGUAUUCCAGGAGCUGCAAGUGUCCUUGCAAUUAAAACCGUCACUGGAUUGCCAAUGGGAGUCUUCCAGAGUAUGUUUUCAGUUGUUGCUAUGGACUAUUUCAAAUUACAGGCGGAGCACAAUGGCUACCUCAUGGCUUACAUUGGUGUAUUGCAAAUGGUUAUGCAGGGACUGGUGGUCGGAUGGCUAACUCAGCGAAUUGCAGAGAAAGUCCUGUUUCUCUGGUCUGUUCUGCUGAUUUCUCUGGUGGGUUUGGCAACGGCAUUGAUGACAAACAUAUUCCAAUUCUGCCUCAUUUGCAUCCCGAUGUCUCUGGGAAUUUCUGCUUUCUACCUCAUCACGAAUAGUAUCUUAACCAAAAUAGUUCCUCCCACAGACACUGGUGCGAUGCUGGGGUUGAAUAUGUGUGUUCAUUCUCUCAUCCGCUCGGUGUCUCCCACUAUUGGAGGCUUCCUAUUUGAAUUAUAUGGAUUUUCGUCUUUCGGAUAUAUGCAGUUCCUGGUCAAUUUGCUUGUCUUCUUCUACAUCUUGAUACGCAGUCCGAAUUAAAAAUCUCAGAGUGACAAUCAACAUGGGAAACGUGUUUAGCAACUAGAUUGACUUCCAGAAUUGGUCAAGGUUCAGAUCAAGUCCUUCAUUAGAUUAAGAGACUUCCAAUAACAACCUAAUUUGUGAAUAAUUUUGCCAUUCAGUAGUUCUGCACCACAAUGAGUAUUCAAUGAGUUGGCAAUGUGGUAGCUAAAACACUGUGCAGCCAGUAACUUGAUUCCUCCCUCUUUUUCUCUUGAUAUUAAGUGGAACAGAUGGGUAGAUAAAAAAAAACAAAUUUUGUGAUUGGGAGUCUAGAUCUGAUAGGCAUAUCCAGAUCUUUUUAGGAAUGAUUUUCAGAAACACUUUUUCACACGUUUUCCACGAAUAAAAAUUGUGCGAGGUUUGUUUUACUUUGAAUCUGGAUAGAGUGUUGUUAACCAAAGUUAUUGAGGAAAUGUGACAUUAGGCCAGUGAAUUAGAUUACAGAUUUGCCAUAAUCUCAUUGAAUGCCAGAGCAAGUUAUUUAAAUAGUAUAUACCUAUCAUAUUCUGAAAAAUUACAGGUUGUGAGUGAGGAAGGCUAACAAAAUGACAUGCAACUUCAUUUUGCAGGCCUUCCUGCAAUCAUACCAUUUGUCCUAUAUUGCCCCAUCCAUCUGAAGCCAAAAUGAGCCACUUUAGUAGCCAAUUAAGAACCUCUUCCCUUCUUUGUUGUCAACUUGUACAUUGUGUAGGAAAAUCUCCAUGUAAACUAGCAGCCCUCCCAGUGGGCUAUUUGCAAUGGGCUUUCCUUUUCAGACCCUCCUUUCCCAAUGAAGGGCUCCCAGGUUGCAUUGGAUGCCCCCUCAACAUCAGCACCACCUACUUUUACUGCCCCACCCCACAAAAACCUUUGCUGAGGCAUUUCUUACUGGCCCACAGACCCCAUUUACCUACCUGCGUGGAUGUUAUAAUCAUUUCUGUGUCCUCUUUCCUCAAGGUGCCACCCCAGCAAAGCGCACACUCCUCAGCUCAAUACUGAGCUGCUGACUGUCUGAUAGAGCUAUCAAUAAAAUGUGAUGCUGGGUCCCACUGCCCUCUAAAACCCUGUAAUUUUGGCCUCAGCAGUGGGAGACCUGUUGACUUGAGUAAUUCCCAACCCUAAAGUUUGUUUUUGCUAAUUAUAGAUUUCUGUGGAUAGCAAGAAUGUUAGUAUACAGCUGGUGGUUACUAAAAAUCUGGAUUGAUGAAAAUGCUGAAUAUAGCACAUAACAGGAUACUGCCAACAUGAUCAUUUUAAUUGGAAUAGAUGCUGAUAAUUCAGAGGCAGUCACAAUUUAAGUGAUGUUGUGCAGCAUUUCUGUCUUAGAAUGCAAAUGGGUGACAGUGAUGUUAUGGUUAUGCCAGGGAGCUAGCAACCAGAGGUAAUGGUUUUCACCAUGGCAUGAAUUCAAUACAUUUUUCUGCUGGACCUAUUCAAAAAUGACCACCAGGGUUGAAUUAAUACAUAAAUAUGGGAAAGACUGAAAACUAAGACAGCAUCAGUGCAAAAUGGAAAAGGUUAUGCUUACAUUUCAAGCCUUUGUCAGAAUUGCUGAAAGCCAAAUUUUUGUAAUAAAAAAACAAUACGUUCACUACCGAUCACCUUAACCUAGAGUGAUACUGCUUUAGUGCCCAAUACCUGGCCACAAGAUAAAGAUGGAACCAGCACUACUUACAUUACAAGACUAAUUUCUAAAAGUUACAUUGAAAAUUAAAAAUGGGAGCAGAUAAAAUCAAAUUCAUGCCUCAUAAACAGUGAUUGUUCAGGCUGUCUUUUCCUAUGGAAUAUGAAGGGAGGCUACACAACAACUGACAAUUUAAUUACAAAUCUAAUAUACUUGUCGUAUGUGUUUGACCAGACUUUUAAUCUAAAGUUGUAAGACAUAAUAAUACCACCUCACUACUGACUGAUGCUCUAAGAAACUAUAUCAUGACAUGUUAAAGGUCCUGGAUCUAGUCUGCUAUUUGGUUAACAGCUGCUGGUACACAUUAUCAGUACCAGUAAUGACUCUUGCAAUGACAAAUGCCAAAUGACUACUUAUGCCUGGUAUGGUCAGACUUAAGUUCCAGUAAUUCAGAAACAGAGCCUUCAGUUUAGGUUUGCCAGCUGUUCAGGAUUACCCUACAGUCUCCAGGAAUUGUGGGUUAAUCAGCAGGACACUGCUGGGAACAAUCCUAGAACAAUCAAGUUCUAGGAGAGUUCUGCAUUUUAUCACUUCAUAUAUAGGAAAUGGAUCAAUAGGGUUUUUUGAUUAAUCAAUAAUCAUUUAAUCAGGUAUCCAAGAUUCUGCUCACCUUUCAUUUGGUGAGUGAAGCUGAGGUACCAUGAGGUGGAUAUUUUGAAUGACUUUGGCUUGAGAUUAUGUGAUUAAAUCUCCAAGAAUAUAUCCAGUCACAGGUGAUAGUCUUAGUUUAACUGCCUUAGCCCAACUCUCUGAAAGAUCCUUCUGAGUCAUCCUGUCUCUCAACCUUUGAUAACCACCUCAAAAUCCACUUCUCCAUCAAAGCUCUGACACCCUUAACAAACUCUUCUUAAUGAUUUGCUGCCUGUUCUCUUAUUUAUAUAAUUUAGUACCCUUUUGACGUAAUAACAGUCUUCAAAUAGAGGGUACAUGAUGUGUAUUUGCAGUGCGGGCAAUAAUUGUAUACGUUCAGUUACCACUGUUUGGCAUGCGUCCAUUGGGCCUGUUGAUUGCAUGAGGUAUGCAGGUUAUAAUGUGGUGGGCUAGUGCAGAGACUGAGUAGAUGUGACAUGCAUAGCAAUUUAGAUUAAAUUAGAUUAGAUUCCCUACAGUGUGAAAACAGGCCCUUUGGCCCAACAAGGCCACACCGAUCCUCUGAAGAGUAACCCACCCAGACCCACUUCUCUUUAACUAAUCUACCUAACACCAAGGGCAGUUUAGCAUAGGCAAUUCGCCUGGCCUGCACAUCUUUGGACCGUGGGAGGAAACCCAUGCAGACACAGAGAGAAUGUGCAAACUCCACAUAGACA